CUUUUUUUUUUCCACACUUACAAACCCUUGAUCUCCUUCAUUCGUUUUAUUCCUUCGCGAUCCAAGUAUCAAAACCAGGGGACAAUCUACCGUAUGUUCAAGACAUAGCGAUUAUUCGGCGUGAUCAUGCACUUGCCGGGAUGGCUAGUUUGGUAUAAAAAGCCCGAGUAUAGGGAUUUCAAGGAAUACGCCAACAAUGCCAGCUCUGGAAAGAGGCCACCAAGUCCAGAUGCGGGAAAGGAGGGAGUGAUACCCAGUCGACUGCGGCUUGAGCGUAUACUGCAGAACAAGACAUGUAGUCCUAUGUCACUAUACGACUUUCAUAUGUAUCUCAAAUACAUCGAGUUUUCAUCUGAAAAUCUCGAGUUUUAUAUCUGGUUCAAGAACUAUGAAGAGUCCUACCACAAAGGGUUUGCUGCCCGCUACGACAAGGACUCUCAUGAUCUGGUAAAGACAGCAUCGGAAAGCGGAAGCGUAUCAUCGUCUGUGUACAAGAAGAGCCAUUAUCAACCCAGCGAUGGCGAGGGAGACGGGGACUUGGAGCCGGCCACAACAGCGAAAGAAACCCUCCAUCGUAUCUCGAUGCUAAUCACAGCUUCUGCCCCAUGCGCCAGCAGCGUUGCCCACCCAUCCUGCCACCCACGUGGUCCCUGUGCCCCAUCAUCCAACGCCAUAUUCCCGACAGCAACCUUCUUCAACAACUUUAACAACAGCCAAACCGCCGUCCUCGCGAGCGACCCGACCCCCGACCCCGCCGACCCGGCCAACAAGUCCACCACCCUCGGCCUUCUCGCCCCUCAACCCGGUCCCAUCCCGCCUUCCGAAAUCCAAACCAUCAUCACUCUCUUUCUCCUGCCAUCGUCGUCAAAAGAACUCAACAUACCCAUGUCCCUCCGUCGCUCCGCGCUCGACGGAUUGGCUGCUACUCCCCAGGGCACGCUACCGGACCCGAACAUCCUCAGACCGAUCGCCGAUCACGUCUACUAUUUGCUACGCUCGUGUUCGCACCGCAAUUUUGUCAGGUUGGGGGUGAGCAACGGGACGUUUGAGACGAUAUGCUUUGCUACCAUUCUGGGUUUCGCGUCGCUGGCCUUGGGAUACCUGGUAGUUCUGCUGAGGGCCUUCACGGAAGGCAGAGGUGCAAGGAGCAGGUGGGAGAGUUUCGACGGGUUUGGGUUCUGGAUGGCGGGGAUGAGUUUGGUGCUAUGCGGGCUGAGGGGCAGUUGUUUUUUUCUGUUGCUGUUCUCAAGGAGGCAGAGGUUGCCGUGGGAGAGGUUGAAUGAUGGGGAAAAGGUAGAAGGGGUACAUAUGAGUGGUGGGCAGGAUGAAAAUAAAGAAGAGAUGGAGACAAAGAGAUGGUCUGUGAGACAAAGGGUAGGCAGGGUGAUGUUGUUCGAUAAGAGAUUGAAGGUGCAGGAACGCAGUCUGCGGAGAUUACAGAGGAAGAUUGUGAUGCAGAGUAUGGUGGGUGGAGCGAUCUUUUCGGCCUUGUCAGUUGUGGUCUUCCUAUUGCUUCCGAUAUGGAAGGAGACGGUUUGUGAUGACUGAUGAUGGAUGGAAGGUGUCGAGGUUCGGUGUUCUAUUCCCAUCAGAAGGGUUCUUUUUUUUUUCCUGUCGUUUUUAUACCCCUAAUAGAGUGUCUCAUCCGGCCCUUGUCUCCCUCAGCCCAGUUUGCGUCCUCAUCCAGGCCAUCUCGACUUCACAACACCAUGGUUGAGAAUCACCGCAGCAUCACAUCAUGCUUCGAUCAGACUCCACGCCUUGGCAUCGGAACACAGCAUGAGACGAUGAGCUAGCUGGACACAAACAGGGAAGGAGGCGAGAGUCUAUUCCCAGUGUCAGAUGAGUCUCC